UCAGUAUCUGACAGCUAUUGGUGAUUUACAGAUCUGUAGUGAUCAGUGACCUGAAGGUUGUAAAGUAGGAGCAGAACGGGUUGGUGGUGGCGGUUUGUACUCGGCCAUUGUGCAGGUAGUGAAGUGAUAAACGUUUUCGUAAAAAUAUCGUUCCACAUUACCACAUCUGAAUGGUAAUUUAUAGGACAUUGAUAAAAUGUCGUCUCCAAGUGCUGGGAAACGACGUAUGGACACAGAUGUCAUAAAAUUAAUUGAAAGUAAGCAUGAGGUCACAAUUUUGGGUGGCCUAAACGAAUUUUGUGUGAAAUUCUAUGGACCUCGAGGAACUCCUUAUGAAGGAGGAGUGUGGAAAGUACGGGUCCAUUUACCGGAACACUAUCCAUUUAAAUCGCCUAGUAUUGGGUUUAUGAAUAGAGUAUAUCACCCUAACAUAGAUGAAAUAUCAGGAACCGUUUGUCUAGAUGUAAUUAAUCAAGCUUGGACUGCUUUAUAUGACUUAUCAAAUAUAUUUGAAUCUUUUUUACCACAAUUGUUAACCUACCCUAAUCCCAUCGACCCAUUGAAUGGUGACGCUGCAGCAAUGUAUCUUCACAAACCUGAAGAAUACAAGAAAAAAGUAUCUGAAUAUGUACGUAAAUACGCCACCGAAGAGGCUUUGAGAGGUCAGGAACAUAAUUUAAGUUCAGACAGUGAAUCGAGCAUGUCUGACUUUUCAGAAAAUGAAGCGGAGGAUAUGGAGUUAUAACGUAGGUUUUCUUAUAACUCAUUACAAUCGCUCAACUCGUUUAUUAAUAUUUGUGUUGUCUUAUACUUAGGUUUUUACCCAUAAAAUUGUGAUGUGCUUAAUGUUUUUUUUCCAUUUUUUUUUUGUUGAUUUUUUUUGAGUUGGGAGUUCUAAUGACUAAUUAUUGUAUAUAACAAACAACGAUACACGUAUUGUUUUAAUUGUAUCUGAUUCAGUUGAUGUUUGGAAUCCUCCAAUCAUUUAAUGUUCACUUGUGUGUUUUAACAAGUAUUCUUUUAAAGAAUUAGCGACUAAUUUUUUUUAAAAUUUAAUAACAAUUGUACAGUUUUUAUUCCUGUAUAUAGAAUUUACUUAUUUUUACACACGAGUACACUUUGCUAUGAUAGUUUGGAUAGAGCUGUGAAAAUUUAGAGUAUUUAGUUAAUGCGUAUGAUAAAAACAAAUGUGGCAUAAUAUUUAUAAAGCUGAAAAUGGUGUGUCCCAGACACCUCACUUUCUAAAAAUUAAACGUAAGCAAUAAAUUUGUUUCUAAGUUUGGGAUAUUUAGUUGGUUUAUGAUGUCAUUAUAAUGCAUUCACUAUCAGGUAUAAUACAAUCACUAUUUAUCUAUAUGGCGAUUUCGUUUGAUUUUAAUUUAUAAUCGAGUAUUAAAUUCAAUCAUAUUAUUACCAUGAGCAAACCAUGGUUGUUUUUUUUAAUCGAACCGCUUAUAUUCAGACCAUACUGUGGGCACUGAAUAGGAGUUGUAUAGCGUUUAAUGUACCUUUCAGUGCCCAGAUGUAGUCUCAAAUAUUAACUAUAUUAAUAUAUUAUCGAUGACUAAAAUAUAUAUUAUAUAUUACUUUAGAGUAAUUAAUAGUGCAAUAGCAUCACAUAAUUUAGUAAGUACUCUGACCGAAUUAAUUCUUAUUUAAUGAUUUACAAAUCGGGUAUAAUGAGAGGGGAGGAAAGGGGAAUAUAUUAAAGUCUAACUACAUAUCACUUUUAAAUAAUAUAAAGAGAAAUUAAUCAUUGCCCUCGCAAAUUAACACAGGGGAUCAAGUUUUUAAUUAUGUUAAAACCUCCUUACUCCCCAUCCUCCCUGCAUUAAUUUCUCUAGUGACUAAAGAUAACAAAUUGAAGUUUAUUAUUUAUUAUAAUUUAAUGCGAGUAAAUUAUUUGACAGUUUCUUUUCUUACUAUCCUUUAGUUAUCAUUUUUGUUUAUAAAAAAAUCACAGGAAAAGAAAUUGCGCUACCUUCGUAUUUAAGGAAUUGUAUUGUAAUGCAAAGAUUACCAACAUAUUUUUAUAAAUAUUAAUCGUUAUUAAAAACAAUGUAUUAAUAUUUUAAUUUUAUUUAAGGCUGUAAAUAUACGCGAAUUUUAUUUA